AUGUACAAGCCCGCCCCUCCUAGACCCAAGAAAACUAAUAUUGUUCGAUCGCGCAACGGCUGUAAGAGCUGUCGCGAAAGGAAAACCAAGUGCGAUGAGCAGAGGCCAAUAUGUGGAACCUGCAAACGACUUGGUAAAAUCUGCGAAACCAUUCGACCGGAGAUCAAGUUUCGCAUGGUAGCAGGUCCGAGCGCAAACGGUAAACCAUGCUCUCCAACGCCAUCCCAAGAACUGCAGUCGCAGGUCACUUCGGAACAAAACUCUCUCAGCCGCACGUUCGGAAACCUUGACCUUAUCAAGUCUCUGCAGCACGUUGAAAGGGAUAUCUUCUACUCUACCUACUGGGAGGACUCAUGCCUGCCAGCGUUGCACCCUCUCUUCCACUGGACCUCCCGCCUUGCCGGUGAGCACCCCAUCCUGAGCGAUGCGAUCUUGGCACUGUCCUCUUGCAAUCUUAGUCGCCAGCAUGCCGAACGGAGGACAUUAUCAACUAGUUCCAUGGGGUCAUAUAGUCCGAGUCUUGUCCACCAAACAAGAAGUCAGCUGUACUACUCUUCGGCUAUCAAAAGAUUUACCGCUCUGAACCAGUUUGAUUACCAAUCCAAUGCCACAAUGGUUCUAGCCGUUCUCAUUCUUUUCGCAUACGUUGAGUCCUCCAUGGGCAACUUUCAUGGCUUUAAUUGCCACGUGGACGGACUGACACGAUUGCUAACUGAGCUCCCCGAGUCUUCUGGGGACGCAAUGAUGAACGCCCUUCUUACUUCUUGGAUGCAGGUUCGAUAUGUUGUCUGGUGGGCGCGUGCCUACUUUAGCUCUAUUGAUGUACACCAGCAGCUUCCAUCGAUUUCUCUUCCAAGGUCAUUAACAGGAGGCUGUAACUCGAUCCAAGAACGAAGAGUGACCGGGUUGAGUAUCAUGUGUGAAUCACAUCGAAUCAACUCCCAGACCAUACUCCGGCAUUGGAGUCAUGGCCUGGGAUCUAAAGACCCUCAUCAGGAUGGCCAUCAGGUGAACGACGAGGAAUAUACGACGUAUUGCUUGCUCCUGAGCGAACAAAGUAAGAGGCUCGAUGACUGGCUCGCGAGUCUUCCUCCCUCAGAGCAACCAAUCUACACGGACGUGGUGCAUAACAGCGAAUCCGACGACUCGAAUCCUCCUAUACACUUCCAAACACACGAUGCAGCACUCAACUUUGCAUACUAUGUCGUGGCACGCAUCAUGCAAGGCACAGGAAUCCUGCGCAACUUACACACCAAAGACCCCAAGACCCUUGACCAUGAAUGUCGUGAGGAGGAGCCCUGGGUUCGGAUAUUGCUUCAGAUUGCAAAAGGGGCAGACAUGCACACCUCACUCUCCAGAAACAAUUACACAAUCGGUUUCUCCGGGCUACUCCUAGCUGGACUCCUACGAUGUCAGAGUCUUCCACUUGGGCUGGAGAUUCAAAGCUGGUUGCAGAAGUUACAAGACCUCCAACCCACCGAAGAGGGGGCUUUUCCGGUGUAUCAAAGCCUAGGUGUGGCUAAAGCUAUCAACCAACAAAAGAUGAUAGGCCGAGACAUAUUUGCCGUUACGCAGCCAUUGGAUGACGGGGGCGGGACCCCUAAGGUCACGGCAUAUAACAGUCAGUCGAUUGAUAAUUUGGUCUUCUAUGGGAAAUGUCGCCUCUCUGGCUGCCUUUUCGUGGACUGUGUUAGUAUUGAUGGUUCCGAUGGAAUGGGAUGA